AUGAUAUCAUACAGUGUCUUAGUACUGAACAUGGUAGUUCUGUCGCCAUGUAAAAGUCGGAUCACAACGGUUACAACAUCUUUGCAUGUUUUAAGGUUGAGAAAGCCAAGAUCUUGGUAUCAUCUUGUAGCUCUUCAGUGCCAUACAAUAUACCACAUGCGUACAAGUGUCGAUGCGAACAACAAUCGCAGAGACAGCAUAAUAUCUUUUCAUAAUAUUAUAGAAACCUACCGCUUGAGAUUUGUUUCCUGUCGCUUGGAUUUGGCAUUAGGGAAGAUAAUGCCUUCAGUUACUUUAAGUUCUGGGGGGUGCAACCGGGAUGGACUCUUCCAUUCCGACUUUGAAAGCAGACUUGCACACUCUUUACUUGUUACCGUAAAGAAUACGGAACGUUCUGUGCAAGCAACUGAGGCAGAACCAGUGCAUACCUGA